AUCACCGCCUUUCAGAUCUUUAAAAGCUGGUGCUUUGCUGUGUCUCUCUCAAUCUCCAUUUGUGUCCUCUGGCACUGCAGGGGGACUCAGUCGGCAAAGCACCAAGGAAAUCUACUGUUUUAGGAGCAGGAAGAGGACGCAGGAAAGGGGAAAAGACAGAGUGAUAUACAUCCAGAAAUAGCAUCGGCCACAUUUAACUGACAGGGAGUGACAGUGUGCAGAACCUGAGACCUGGACAUAAGAUGCCUGUCCUUUCUAACUUAACGGCUGUUGUGUUGCUGCUGAUUGCCCACUGUGGAUCAUGGGCCGAGGGAAGCCGCUGGGGCCCCUUCAAGGUCUGUCCCUCCUGCAAGGAUCCUCUGGGGGCGGGCCGGCCCCCGAGGGAUCAUAAUCUUGCCGGCAGCACGACAGUUUUGGCCCAGGGGGAGCCGUGUGGCGUGUAUACCCUGAGCUGUGCCAAGGGGCUCCGCUGUGUGCCCCCACCCAGGGAGCACAGCCCUCUGCAGGCUCUGUUGCAGGGACGAGGCAUUUGCGCCAAGCACAUCAGAACUAGUCCCACUGAGAGGCCCCACCCCACAGGUCCACAUCCCUCACACUUUGGCGACCUUGAAAAAGCACCCUGUCGCAAGCUUCUCAACAGCGUCCUGAGGGGUCUGGAGCUGACAAUCUUCCAGUCUGACCGCGACAUCUACAUUCCCAACUGUGACACCCGGGGCUUGUACAGGAAAAAGCAGUGCCGCUCCUCUAAGGGCAUGCAGCGUGGCCACUGUUGGUGCGUAGACGAGCUUGGCACACCCGUGCCUUCACAUGUCAGAGAGGACGGCAGUUUACCAUGCGAUGGCGAGUGAGGGAUGAGUCUGCCCAACUGCUCUGAGCCUGGAGAAGGAGGAGGAGGUGGUGGUGGAUGAGUGGAGGAGCUGGAGCACAGGGAGGAGAGGGCGGGUGGCUUUAGACACUGCCUGGACAGGAGGUAACAGGGAUAAACCACUCCCUAUGGGGAAAAUAUAAACACAUUCAUGUCCUCUCUCUCUUACAGCAAGAUACACUCUUUUAUGGUCAAGCAUCAGCAACAGUAACAUCUGCCUGAAUGUCAAACAGCUGCAGCAGCGUCCUCUGCCUCGCCUCGGUGACAUGCUGCAUGCUCUUAUUAAUGCUCCAUGAACUGCCUCAGCAAUCCAAGCUGUGUUACUCUGAAAAAAUGCCUCCAUAUUCCCUGACUCUUGUCCCGGCGUUUUGUUUCUUUUUCUUUCCUUUUCACUUUAGGAUAGCUGACACUGCCUGUGUUUGUUCUGAUCUCAGUGGGCUGAAAUACUGUUACGCAGGUGAUGUGACACAAAACAUCUGAAAAACGUGUCUCCCUCACCGUCCUCUCUCCCCUCCCCAAAGAUACACUGAUAUCGCCAUAAACGACACUAAUAUUUCUUUUUUUAUUAACUUAUUUUUGAGUAUGUAUUGCCAUCAAUUACUGCUUGAAUCUUAUAGUAUUAUAUAUAUAUAUAUAUAUAUAUAUAGAUAUAUAAAUACAUGUAAAGUCAGAAAAAAUAUCUAUAAGAGUAUGUUUCUGGAUGCACUGGUUCAUUCUGACUGCUUAUCGGUUGUUUCUUUGUACAUAUGUUGGAUUUUUGUGGUUGAGUGUUUGUUCUGAAGUGGCAGACAAAAAGCUUACAGCUGUUACUCUUUUCAAAAAAAAGUUGUAAGGCAUAUUUUUCUAUACGUCAGUAUCAUAUUUUAUAUAUAUAUAUAUACAUAUAUAUAUAUAUAUAUAUGAAAUGUUGAUUUAUUUAAUGAAGCUACAGUACAAUGCCAUGUAUUUUUAUAUUGUCAGCAGUUUCUUAUUUAAAUACAAAGAUUGUUUUAUUUCAUAUCGGGGGAAGGUGUGGCCUAGAGACGCCUUUAGGGCCACAAUGCAUUCAUUAGCUCCAUUCAACUGCUGUACAUGACAUUUAAGGGUUAUAACUCAUGUUUAUCCUUUAAUUUUGUCUUUAUUUAUGGCUUUUAAGGGGUUAAUAAUGAUAAUGUUAGUUUUUUGUUUUAUUUUGGCCGGUCACAUUGUCAUUUUUCAUUUCAGAAUGAGAAAAAAGACAAACAAAAGGUCUGAUUUGUUAGUGUUAUGGUAUGUUUCUGCUGCAUCCUUGCAAAAGUCCCAAAAUCUGUGUGCUACUAAAUGAAAUUAACCCUGUUUUUGACCAAUCUUGUUGUGCCAGUGUGUGUGCUGUGGUGAAGGGUCUGUGCACAGAGGACCUGUAAAAUGUUUGCAAAUACAAAAAUAAAACAUGACAGUAAAAAUGGAAAAGAAUAAACAUAUAUUGAUAGAA